UUGUUAAAAAUGGCUCAAUCAAUUAAAACAGACGCCUGCUUGAAUAUCACAACUCUCGAUGCAAAGGAUAUCCGCUGGCCAACGUCGUUGGGAGCCCACGGAUCAGAUGCCAUGCACACUGAUCCGGAUUAUUCGUGUGUUUAUGUUACGAUCAAUACAGCGGAAGGAACGUACGGUAAUGGGCUUACCUUUACCUUAGGGCGUGGAACGGAUAUAGUUUUACUGGCGGUUAAGGCAAUGAAGUGCCACGUUGAAAAUCGUACUACUGCUAGCAUUUAUGGGAAUUUCGCUAGCUUUUGGCGCGACCUGACCAGUGAAUCGCAACUUAGAUGGAUCGGACCCGAAAAGGGAGUGACUCACCUCGCGGUGGCAGCAAUUAUUAACGCCCUUUGGGAUCUGUGGGGUAAAAUUCGCGGUGUGCCAGUAUGGAAACUGCUAACCGAUAUGGAACCUGAGGAACUGGUAUCCGUCAUUGAUUUCCGUUAUAUUAGCGAUGUGCUUACCCCAGAAGAAGCAAUCAAUAUCCUAAAAACAAGUCAACAUAACCGACAAACACGAAUCGAUGAGCUCAUCGCUAAAGGAUAUCCAGCCUAUACUACUCAAGUCGGAUGGCUUGGCUAUAGUGACGAUCAAAUUCGAACAUUGUGUCGCAAAUAUCUGGGUGCAGGGUUUACGGCUUUUAAAAUCAAAGUAGGCCAAAAUGUUGACAACGACAUUAAAAGAUGUAAACUUGUACGAGAGGAAAUUGGUUGGACUAACAAGCUGAUGGUGGAUGCCAAUCAAAUAUGGGAUGUAAACGAGGCUGUCGAAUGGAUGCAGCAUUUGAAGGAAUUCCAACUGCUCUGGAUUGAAGAACCAACCUCACCGGAUGAUGUUUUGGGACACAAAAAAAUUGCUGACGCAUUGAGAGAACAUGGAAUCGGUGUAGCUACUGGGGAAAUGUGUUGUAAUCGAGUGAUGUUUAAACAGUUUCUGCAAGCCGGGGCCCUCGAUUUCUGCCAAAUAGAUUCCGCUAGAAUUGGCGGGGUUAACGAAAUUUUGGCCGUGUAUUUAAUGGCGAAAAAAUUUAACGUAAAAGUAUGUCCCCACGCUGGUGGUGUCGGUCUUUGUGAGAUGGUACAACAUUUGCAACUUUGGGAUUACACAUCCGUUUCGUGUACGAUGGCGGAUCGAUUGAUCGAGUUCGUUGACCAGCAGCAUGAGCAAUUCGUUCAACCGGCCGUAAUCAACGAUGCCGCACGUUAUGUGGCUCCUGCUCUGCCUGGUUAUUCGACGGAGUUGAAAGCGGAAGCUAUUGCAAUGUUUGAGUAUCCAAAUGGCACUGAGUGGAAGCGGAUGUUCGCCGAUGGAACUUUCCAGGAGAAAGAUUAUUAACUGUUUGCUGGUAUAUUAUAACAACAGAUACAAAGGUUUAAGUAAUGUUUCUUUAAGAUGGACUAAAUUGUGA